UGUGCGGAACCUAACCAAGCAGCCCGUUCCCCACCUUGCCUUAUCUUCUCCCGUUCACCCCGCGUGUGCGCGCGCUCUCUCGCGCGGCGAACGACCGGCGCCGUCCUACACUCCUACGCCAGGUACCCAGGCGUUUGUCUGUCCCUUCGCCAGUCCUUGGUCCUCCGCCGGCGACGAGUACCCAACAAAUUUGGUUCUAGUUAAUCAAGAAGUAGGAAAUGAUGAGCUACUUCCAAGCCACUACUUGCAAGCCUCACAGUAGGAUCAUUGUGAACAAACCUAUAGCAGGUCUUGGGAGCACAUGUCAGUAUCCAUUAUAUUCACAUGCUCUCAGAUUCCACAAGCUGAAACAGAAGGUGUGCCCAAGGGUAGUUCUCAUUGCUGCUAGCCACAGAAGGCUUACUCCUGUAUGUGCCUUAAGUGGAAAGGGAAACCCUGGAACUGGCGAUGAUCCUUUGAUGGAAUCUUUGAAGAAAGCUAUGGCUGAUGCCAAAAAGCCCCGGCCCAUACAAGACUUGCUGAAGGAGCAGGUGGCUAAACUGAGAGAACAAGCGUCUGGUGGAGGCGGAGGGAAUGGGAAUCGCCGUGGAGGCAGUGGUGGUUCUGGUGGCCCAGAUGAUGAAUCGUUCAAGGAAACAUUGGAUGAAGUGGUCCAAGUUAUCUUAGCCACUGUUGCUUUCAUACUUGUGUACAUCCACAUAAUCAGAGGGGAGGAGCUUUACCGUCUUGCCAGGGACUACACCAGAUAUCUCGUCACUGGUAAGAGGACUGCUCGACUGAAGCGUGCCAUACAAAAGUGGCACAACUUCUCCGAGAGCUUCAUGCAGAAGGAAGGCUCAGAAGAGGACCAAUAUGACAGAUCAGCUGUGUCAAAACCUACAUGGUGGCAACAGCCUCAGAAAUUUGUGCAUCUUAUGCAGGAGCUUUGCAGGGGAAACUGGCGUCCCCAUGCUCAGGAGUCUUAGUUGAUGGGGUAUCAUGAGCCCCCCUCUCCUUUUUUUUUUUGACCCGUUGCAGAAUGCAUAAUAGGAACGUGGGCUAGUGCAGCGGAGUAAGGUCGCCUGUCGCCUGGACCUUUUUUUUUUUUUUGGUUCUUUAUCGGGUGUCUCUGGUUUGUUAAAAGUAUGAAGAAAGUGAGUUCGUUCUUGGCAAUUUUUGUAGUUGAUGGGACCGUGUUUUGAGACUGUAACCUGCCAAUCAGACGGUGGUGAUAGCUUGUGCAUCUGAUCGAUCAAAACUCUCGACUGUGACACGAAAUAUGUAGCGGGGGUGAAGGAUUAUUUACUAAUUCUUUCAAUGCACAUGUUUGUUGAGGACUGCA